GACAAGUCUCAAAAGAAAACAUUUUACAUUUACAGAAAGCGGUACGUAAGCAACAUGUCUUCGCUUCUUCAUGUAGUAGGAAGAAGCAUGUCAGCAGCGAGGGUGGGGCGUCCGGUGUACCCCAUCUUGCAGCGCCUCAGUCAACAACGGGCCACACCUCGUCUCAGUCCUUUUUCCUCAGCUAUGCCAAUACAGAGCUCCCACCGCCAGCCCCAAUUGAAUAAAGAGCAAGAGGUGAAGUUGCUUUUCCCAGCCGAUAACAGGGUAGAGGACAUGAUGGCCAUGAACAGCCACGGCACUUGGGCUCAAGGCGGAUACUUUAUCUUGCACUUAGAUCAACCAUUAGAUGAACAACAGUAUUUUAAAGCUGUUACUCAUCUGUGUAAGUAAGUACAGAGCCCAACUUUCUUUUGUAUAAAACAAACAAUAACAAAUGCAGUUUUUGAAUUAUUAGAUGAACUAACUCGAGCAAAGACUUGAAAUUGCUAAAAUAUAUAUAACAUAUUUAUGAUUCGUUAAUGUAGUGUUUUAUGGUUCGCCAACGUCAUGUUUAAUGGUUCAUCAACGUCGUGUUUCAUGGUUCUUCACCGUUGUGUUUCAUGGUUCGUCAACGUCGUGUUUCAUGGUUCGUCAACGUCGUGUUUCAUGUUUCGUCAACGUCGUGUUUCAUGGUUCGUCAACGUCGUGUUUCAUUGUUCUUCACCGUCGUGUUUUAUGUAGUCAACGUCGUGUUUCAUGGUUCGCCAACGUCGUGUUUCAUGGCUCGUCAACGUCGUGUUUCA